AUGGCUUCUUUCGUUAAAGAAACACAAGUAAAGCUACCAAGACCAACACGAGUCAAGAACAAGACUCCAGCACCGGUCCAAAUCACAGCCGAGCAGCUCCUAAGAGAAGCUCGAGAGAGACAAGAGUCUCAAAUCCUGCCACCUCAGCAGAACAUCACCGACUCAGCAGAGCUUUCAGACUACAAACUCAACCGUCGUAAGGAGUUUGAAGACCGUAUCCGUCGCCCAGGACAACCUAUUCAAGUCUGGUUAAACUACGCACGUUGGGAAGAGUCACAAAAAGAUUACGCACGUGCUAGAAGCGUGUGGGAACGUGCCUUGCGAAAAGAUUACAAGAACCAUGAGCUAGAAACGUUUUGGACCGAGCCGUCACGGUAUCAAGAAACCGAACGUGCGAGAGAUAUCUACAAGAGAUUUGUUCUUUCUCAUCCGAAGCCUUCUUCUUAUAUGCAAUACGCAGAGUUUGAGGUUAAGGGAGGUGAAGUUGCACGUGCUAGAGACGUGUACGAACUUGCCGUUACGAAUCUUGGAUACGAGGAAGAGAUAUUAGUAGCCUUUGCUGAGUUUGAAGAACGUUGCAAUGAAGUGGAACGUGCUAGGGUUAUCUACAAGUCUGGUCUUGAUCGUGUCGGAAGAGGAGAGGAGCUGUACAGAAAGUUUGUUGCGUUUGAGAAACAGUAUGGGGACAAGGAAGGGAUCGAUGACGUCAUUGUCGGAAAGAGAAGGUUUGAGUAUGAGGAGCAAGUGAGGAAGAAGCCUUUGAACUAUGAUGCGUGGUUUGAUUACAUUAGGUUAGAGGAAGAGGAGGCUUCCUUGGGGGACAAGGAAAGGGUUAGAGAAGUUUACGAGAGGGCUAUUGGUAACGUUCCACCUGCUAAUGAGAAACGUUACUGGAGAAGAUACAUUUAUCUAUGGGUUAACUAUGCGUUGUAUGAAGAGAUUGAAUCUGAAGAUGUGGAGCGUGCACGACAAGUAUACAGAGAAUGUCUGAAACUUGUCCCACACGCAAGCUUCUCUUUCGCAAAAAUAUGGUUGCUCGCUGCACAGUUUGAGAUCAGGCAGUUGAAUCUCACCGCUGCUCGGAAGAUACUAGGGAACGCGAUUGGGAAAGCUCCGAACAAGGACAAGAUCUUCAAGAAAUAUAUCGAGAUCGAACUUCAGCUGGGAGAGAUUGAUAGAUGCAGGAGACUAUACGAGAGGUAUCUCGUAUGGUCUCCUGAGAAAUGCUACGUGUGGUGCAAGUAUGCUGAGUUCGAGAAAUCACUCGAGGAAACAGAGCGAGCAAGAGGUAUUUUCGAGCUCGCGGUAUCUCAGCCUGCUCUCGACUUGCCCGAGGUGGUAUGGAAAGCUUACAUAGACUUUGAGAUAUCACAAGGGGAAGUAGAGAGGACACGUGCUUUGUAUGAGCGGCUCUUGGAACGUACCAAGCAUUACAAAGUGUGGGUUAGCUUUGCAAAGUUUGAAGCUGGGGAGCAAGAAGAAGAUGCUAGUGAACGCAAAAGAGAGUGCAUCAGACGACCUAGAGAGGUUUUUGAACGAGCUUACAUGUAUUACAAAGACGUUACACCGGAGCUGAAGGAAGAGAGAGCUACACUGUUGGAGGAUUGGCUUAAUAUGGAAGUGAGUUUUGGUAUGCUUGGGGAUGUUAGCAUUGUAGAGUCAAAGCUCUCGAAGAAGCUCAAGAAAAGAAAGGCGAUAAUUGGAGAAGAUGGUUCGGUAGAGUAUGUUGAAUACACUUAUUAUCUAUACCCUGAAGAGUUGCAGACUUCGACACACAAGAUUCUUGAAGCUGCUUAUAGAUGGAAGAAGCAGAAGGUCGAUGCUCUGUGA